GAACUCAAGACUAUAAAUCAUCCGGUGUUCUCUCGGCUGCACUCUUUCCUGGUUCUCCUUCUUACCUGUAAUAAACGUCCUACUGUGAAGCUGUGAUGGACCGCUGGACGGGCAGAGUGGCUCUGGUGACCGGAGCUUCGGUCGGGAUCGGAGCGAUUAUCGCCAAAGAGCUGGUCCGGUUCGGCAUGAAGGUGGUGGGCUGCGCAAGAAACGUGGACAAGAUACAGGCGCUGGCGGCAGAGUGUCAGACUGCAGGAUACAGUGGCGUCCUGAUCCCAUACAAGUGCGACCUGACCAGUGUGGAAGACAUCCAGUCCAUGUUCGCAGCCAUCAAAGCGAAGCACAAAGGCGUGGACGUCUGCAUUAACAAUGCCGGCUUGGCUCACCCUGAGCCUCUGCUGAGCGGAAAAACCAGUGGCUGGAAGAACAUGCUGGAUGUGAAUGUUUUGGCUCUUAGCAUCUGCACUCGUGAAGCGUACCAGUCGAUGAAAGAAAGAAACAUUGAUGAUGGGCACAUCAUCAACUUAAACAGCAUCUGUGGGCACAUUGUAAUUAACAGCAGCGAAGGCCAUUUCUACACGGCCACCAAAUACGCCGUGUCCGCACUGACCGAAAGCCUGAGGCAGGAGCUAAGAGAGGCCAAGACUCACAUCAGAGCUACAUCUAUUUCUCCUGGUAUGGUUGAGACUGAAUUUGCUUAUCGGCUCUACAGCGAUAACCCUGAAAAAGCUAAGGCAACUUAUUCUCGCCUUAAGGCCUUGGAAGCAAUAGACGUUGCGAAUGCUGUUGUAUAUGUCCUAAGUGCCCCUCCUCAUGUUGAGAUCGGAGAACUUUUGUUGCGACCUGUGGAGCAGCAAGUAUGAUCUUACAACCAUACGAUGGUUACAUUUUACAUACACUCAUUCUACAUAUGAUUUCUGUACCGCAUCUAUGAAAUGAAUGACUGUAAUCACUAUUCAAAAGAAUAAAAGUCUGAUUUUAAGGUGAAA